AUGCCACACGCCGAGUUCCCUGAGCCACAACCUACAGCCCAUAAGUUCUUCGCAAACGAUGGACCGCUUGACCCCUCCCAGAUCGGCUACCUAAGACCCACCACCCUCGACAUCCCCAUCUCAGAAGUCCGUCGCCGCUUCGACCAAGACGGCUACGUCUUCCUCAAAGGCCUCCUCCCGCGCGCCGACGUGCUCGCCGCCCGCGAAGCAUACUUCACUCUCCUCUCCCCCAGCGGCGUCCUAGCCCCCGGCACCGACCCCGUAGACGGCAUCUUCGACGCCUCCAAGGACCCGCUGGAUUACCCCGGCAUCGGUGCCGGCGUAGCAGACUCCAACGGCCGUCCCACAGGCCCCCACCCCGAAGUGGCCGAACGCUUCGUAGACCUUGCGCUCCAGGCCCACCACGAGUCGUGGUACAAGGACGUCUUCUGCCGCCACCCCGUCUUGCGGGGGUACGUGUCGCGUCUCACCGGCUGGGGCGAAGCAGACACGCUCGCCGUGCGCCGGACGCUCCUCCGCAACAACACGCCCGGCAACCCCGCCAUCGGCGUGCACUACGACCAAAUCUUCCUGCGGCACGGCGAGGACACGUCCGUCACGGCGUGGGUGCCCAUGGGCGACGUCGACGUCCGCGGCGGCGGCCUCAUGUACCUGGAACGGGGCCACCAACUGGGCGCCGAGAUCGAGGAGGCCUUCGCCGCCAAAGCGAGGGCCUCGGGGCUGACGGCCGAAGAGGCCAAGGAUGCCUUCAACCGGAAUAUGAUGAGUGGAGGGGUCCUGGCGGGGGGUGCGGCCGAGUUUGGGAGGCGGUACGGGCGGAGGUGGCUGGUGACCGAGUAUGAGGCCGGGGAUGUGGUGCUGCAUAAUGCCUACGCGAUUCACGCGUCGACGAUCAACCAUGAUCCGAAUAAUAAGAUUAGGUUGGGCACGGAUUUGCGGUUUGUCAAUUCGGCGAGGCCGUGGGAUACGAGAUGGGACAAGGACUACACUUUCAAUGACGGGGUGUGA